AUGGCUGCCCUUCUCGAAGAUAUCUUUGAUGUCAAAGACAUCGAUAAAGACGGAAAGAAAUUUGACAAGGUCUCUCGCCUGUUUUGCGAGAGCGAGUCUUUCAAAAUGGGUCUCAUUCUCGACAUUAACUCUCAGAUUUACCCACUGAAUAAGGGAGACAAGUUCCGCCUCGUUCUCACUAAGAGUCUUCUUAAUGACGCCGUAGCAGAUGACGAUGACGACGAUGAAGAUGCGGCAGAGGAAACAGACGGCCGUUUAACAAACAGCAAGAUGGCCGAAUUCGAUUACGUGUGCUACGGUAAAAUCUAUCGUAUUGAAAGCCACGACAGCUCCGUUGACUCUAGCCGUUUGGCUUGCUAUGUGUCCUUUGGCGGUCUGCUAAUGCAACUGACUGGCGACGCAAGUAAUCUCCAGGGUUUUCGUGUGGGCAAGCGCAUUUAUCUGAUGAUGAAGAAACUGGCCUUUUGA